AUGGCUCCUCAUGAGAAUCAAAAGAAAGGGUUCAUGAUGAAUUUCUACAAGUCCAGGCAGAAAUCCCACCAGCAGCCAAAUAUUAUGACAAAUAAUACAGAGUUGUCACAUAAUUUUUUGUCAAGAAAAUCGAAAAAUUAUGAAGAAACUGUGCAUGGCGGUGCAAGGGUGGUGGAGGGAGGACGAGGUCGGCUGAUGGAGGGAAGAAAGUCGGUGUCUCAUGUGGAAACAAAUUUAGGAUCGGUGGCUUCAUUUCUUCAGGUGAAGGUAUUAGUGACGGACAUGCCUGGAUUUAUGCAAGUUCAUGCCUUCAGGUGUGCAAGAAGAACUUACGAUAGCUUGGACAGAUUUAGCUCUAAACACAUGGCUUAUAACAUCAAGAAGGAAUUGGACAAAGUGUAUGGGCCGGCCUGGCAUUGCAUUGUGGGCUCAAGUUUUGGUUCAUUUGUGACCCAUUCAACUGGUUGUUUCCUCUAUUUCUCAAUGGAGAAUCUCUACAUUUUAGUGUUUAAGACAAAAGUUCAAAGAGCUUUGGAGAACUGAUGUUUAAUUCAAGAUUUUAAUGAAUUCUUUAAGAAGAAGCAGCAGCUGCUGUAAUCGAACUG